CACCGGUCUUCGCCGUAAGCACGCACGGCAACUUGCGUGAAAAACCAUGUGCUUCUCGCUCAGCGUGAACCCGUAAACACGUGAACAACCCGAACCGCCACCGCCACAGCGACCUGGACGCCGCCGGCCGGCAAGAAACGAUGAUGGCUCCGACUCCGAGCAGCGUCAUCCAGGCCAAGCUGGUGCUCCUGGGAGACCUUGGCGCCGGGAAGACCAGCAUCGUGGUCCGGUUCGCCAAGGGGCUCUACUACGAGUGCCAGGAGUCGACCAUCGGGGCGGCCUUCUUCUCGCACGCGCUCCCCGUGAGCGGCGGCGGCGAGGACGCCACCGUCAGGUUCGACAUCUGGGACACCGCCGGCCAGGAGCGCUACCACAGCCUCGCCCCCAUGUACUACCGCGGCGCCGCCGCCGCCGUCGUCGUCUACGACAUCACCAGCACGGACUCGUACACCCGAGCAAAGAGGUGGGUCGACGAGCUUCAGAGACAAGUGCACAUCCGAACAGGGAACCCGCAUCUGGUGAUGGCGUUAGUGGGCAACAAGGUGGAUCUGGAAAAAAAGAGGAAGGUUGGCACACAGGAGGCGCUGGAGUACGCGGAGCGGAACGGCCUCUUCUUCCUGGAGACGUCGGCCAAGACGGCGCAGAACGUCGGCGAGCUCUUCUACGAGCUAGCCGAGAGGCUGGUGAAGGUGCGGCCCAGCCAUCCAGCCGGGAUGGUCCUGCACGACGACGGCCAGCGCCGCGUCGGGGGACGGUGGUUCUGUUGCUCCGGGUGAUCGACGAUGCCGAUGCGUGUGGCACGCUGGCGGCGGUAAGGGAAGGUGUGGCGUGAGUAGGAUUCUGUGUCGUGUGCAUAUGCCGCUCUCUCUGUAUGUACUGUACGUAGCAAGGACUCGACUAGUACUUGUUGCACUGGUGAUGGUAUGACAUGUGGUUUAUGGU